UAAUGUCGCUAGGUUCACAAUGCUGAAUGAUCCCACCUAAUUGUGUCUCCUUCCUGGACUGGACUGCCUUCCAUUUUUUAAGACAUAUUUUUAUUGUUAGAGCGGCCACUUGAGUAUCUGGUCAAUAUAAUGGAUCAUCUGUGACCGUGCGUCCGCUCUGGUGCAAGCCAAGACGAAGAAAGUUGGGGAACGAUGCACGAAGAGGAUGGCGGAGAGGAGAACUCUACACGAGACCUACGGGUUCUGGCCUCCAAUUCGGUGGACGCAGGCGAACCCGAAUCACUGAAGGACCCGGUUGCGAAACUAUGCGGUUAUUUGACUAAACUCGCUGGAAAAGGGCCGCUGCGGGGGUUUAAACUCCGCUGGUUUGUGUACGACGAGAGGAAAUGUUAUUUGUAUUACUUCAAGACUCCCCAAGACGCCUUGCCGCUGGGACACAUAACGAUAGGCGAAGCCAGCUUCAGCUAUGAUGUGGAGGGGAAUGAGGGGCAGUUUGAGAUUCGCACCGCGGGGAAGGAGUUUGUACUCAAGGCCCCUAACCGCCAGGUGAUGCAGUACUGGCUCCAGCAGCUGCAGCAGAAGCGUUGGGAGUUCAGUAACACCAGAGGGUCUGGACAGAGGGACAGCUGGAGUUCUCCUACCCCUCACACUGGCCUGGUGGCCAAAGAUACAGAUGUCUUUGUGUUUGAGAAGCCCAGUCACAGUGACAGCAUGGAGAGGGUACGCAGCGACUUUGCUAUGGAAACAGACAAGGACGGACUGGUGGGUGUCCAAUCAGUACGAGGCCCCUCCCACCACCCCCCCAAUCCCCUCAACUUCUCCAGCAAGCUGGGCCACUGGAGCUCAGAGAUCAGGAACUCCAUGUCAGGUCUGCGUGUGGGUCGAGGAGGAGGAGGAGAGAACAGACGCUCUGUCUUCUACACUGGGAGCAGUGGUGAUGAGUGGGAGAUGUUAGACGCUCCCUCAACCAAGGACAUCAACCAGGACCACAAACCUCCCACCCAGCCUCAGACUGACUCACACAGACACUCCAUUGGUUCUCCAUUCACAUUUGACUUCGGGCGGAGCAGCAGUUCCUCGUUGCGGCCCAAGCGGCCCACUCUGCGGGACAUAAUGGGUUCAGGGAGGUUAGGACGCAGCACAGAGAGCUCUUCCCCCUCUUCUCAGACCACGCCCCCAGUGGAGUGUAACGGCAGCAGGACCAAUGAUCUGCAGCUCCGCCUCCAGAGCCAGGAACAGGAACUGACACGCCUCCACGAGGAGAACAACAACCUGACUGAGGAGUUAACCUCCCAGAAGGAGCUGGUCAGACUUCUUCAGCAGACCUUGAGGAGCACCCAGAGGGAGGUGCGACCAGCGCCAGUAUUAACUCCAGUACCUGCCUCACCUCCAGCCCCAGGGUUCCCACAGUCGGACCUAGCCCAGAUGGAAGCCCUCCUCCUGGACAGGGAUGGUCAGGUCCAGGCCCUGUGUUGCCAGAUGGAGCGUCUAGCCCUGGAGAAGGAGAGUCUACAGAGGGAGCUGAAAGGACUGAAGGUCAAGGUUGGGGAGAUCAAUGAGCAGCUGAGCAUGCUGAUGGAGACCAUCCAGGCCAAAGAUGAGGUCAUCAUUAAACUGUCUCAGACACCCGCCCAGGGAGCAGACGGGACCACCCCCCUGCUGCAGGACUGCAGCUCAGCUCCACCCCCCGCCAGCCAGCAACAGGAGAUAAACAAUCUUAAGGACAGUGUUCAAGGCUAUAAAUCCCAGAACAAGUUCCUGAAUAAGGAGAUCCUGGAGCUGACUAUUCUACUAAGGAACGCUGAGGCCAGGGAGAGAUCUCUGGAGGUUAAGUAUGUGGCGUUGGAGGCUAAAGUGUGUCAGGUUGAGAGUAAGUACCUGGUGCUGCUUCAGGACCUGAAGAACCCAGUGUGUUCCUCUUCAGAACAGAGUCCUGCCAGGGAGGUCAUCUCUAGACUGUUGGAGGAUGCACUGAACAACACUGACCCUACGGGACACGCCAUCUUUAAGCCACACCCUGUCAGUGAGUACGAUGUGUUUGGCUUCAAAACAGUUCCAGAGGAGGAUGAUGAAGAGGAGAAGCUGGUAGCCAAGGUGAGGGCUCUGGACCUGUGCUCCCUCUCCCUAACAGACCCUGAGGUGUCAGUGGGGGUGAAGUGGGAGAACUAUCUCUCCUCUACUAUGAACAGAGACAUGGUGCACUGCCCCGAACUCAAAGCCCUUAUGAGGAGCGGGGUGCCACAUGUCCAUCGCUCCAAGGUGUGGCGCUGGUGCGUGUCCUAUCACACCAGGAAGUUCCGUGACAGCCUGGCUCCAAACUACUACGAGACCUUACUGGGUGUGGCCAGAGACAAGCCUAAUCCCGCCUCCAAACAGAUAGAGCUUGACCUGCUGAGGACCUUACCUAACAACAAACACUACUCCUCCCCCGGCGCGGACGGAAUACAGAAACUACGUAAUGUCCUGCUGGCCUUCUCCUGGAGGAACCCUGACAUAGGAUACUGCCAGGGACUCAACAGGCUGGCAGCCAUAGCUCUGCUGUACCUGGACCAAGAGGAUGCUUUCUGGUGUCUCAUCACUAUCGUGGAGGUCUUCAUGCCCCAGGACUACUACACCAAGACCCUGCUGGGAUCACAGGUGGACCAGCGUGUUUUUAAGGACCUGCUGAGUGAGAAGCUGCCCAGACUCCACGCCCACUUUGACCUCUACAAGGUUGACUCCUCCCUCAUUACCUUCAACUGGUUUCUGGUCCUCUUCGUAGACUCCGUGAACUCUGACCUCCUCUUCAAGAUCUGGGAUGCCUUCCUGUACGAGGGACCCAAGAUCAUAUUCCGCUUCGCCCUCGCUCUCUUCAAGUACAAGGAGGAAGAGUUUCUGAAGCUUCAGGACUCCAUGGCCAUCUUCAAGUACCUCCGCUAUUUCACCAUAACUAUCCUGGACUGGAGGAAGUUGAUGAGCAUAGCGUUUGUGGACAUGAAUCCGUUCCCCCUGAGACAGAUCCUUAACCGCAGGACCUUCCAUCUGGAGAAGGUUAGACUAGAGCUGACAGAGCUUGAGGCCAUCAGACAAACCUUCCUCAGAGAGAGAGACACACACACCGACGCAGGCGCGCUGUGUAGCGACGAUGAGGAGGACAACUAGCCAAUCACGGCCCAGGCCAACUAGGACAUCAGUAGAGAGACUGACCACGGCCCCCACGCACGCACGCAUGCAAGCUUUGUAGCGACAACUAGCACACAGCCUGUCAGGGUGCAGUGCCUGCAGACUCCAGCCAAUCAGGAUCCAGGUCUGUGUGAUUCUAUCGUAUCACCUGCAGACUCCAGCCAAUCAGGAACCUAGCCUGGCUAUCCCGCCCACCUUCAGACCAAACAGACGCUGUCAUGAGUAAUGACCCACCAUGAUGACCAGUGAUAUAUCCACAUACUCCCCACUCUCUGCUACGCUGGAUCUGUUACCUCCAUGUUCUCCACAUGCUGAACCCUGUGGCUUGGACCUAAUCACCUCCAUGUUCUCCACAUGCUGAACCCUGUGGCUUGGACCUGUCACCUCCAUGUUCUCCACAUGCUGAACCCUGUGGCUUGGACCUAUCACCUCCAUGUUCUCCACAUGCUGAACCCUGUGGCUUGGACCUGUCACCUCCAUGUUCUCCACAUGCUGAACCCUGUGGCUUGGACCUGUCACCUCCAUGUUCUCCACAUGCUGAACCCUGUGGCUUGGACCUGUCACCUCCAUGUUCUCCACAUGCUGAACCCUGUGGCUUGGACCUAAUCACCUCCACGUUCUCCACAUGCUGAACCCUGUGGCUUGGACCUGUCACCUCCACGUUCUCCACAUGCUGAACCCUGUGGCUUGGACCUAUCACCUCCACGUUCUCCACAUGCUGAACCCUGUGGCUUGGACCUGUCACCUCCACGUUCUCCACAUGCUGAACCCUGUGGCUUGGACCUAAUCACCUCCACGUUCUCCACAUGCUGAACCCUGUGGCUUGGACCUGUCACCUCCACGUUUUCCACAUGCUGAACCCUGUGGCUUGGACCUAUCACCUCCACGUUCUCCACAUGCUGAACCCUGUGGCUUGGACCUGUCACCUCCACGUUCUCCACAUGCUGAACCCUGUGGCUUGGACCUAAUCAUCUCCAUGUUCUCCACAUGCUGAACCCUGUGGCUUGGACCUGUCACCUCCAUGUUCUCCACAUGCUGAAACCUGUGGCUUGGACCUGUCACCUCCAUGUUCUCCACAUGCUGAACCCUGUGGCUUGGACCUGUCACCGCCAUGUUCUCCACAUGCUGAACCCUGUGGCUUGGACCUAAUCACCUCCACGUUCUCCACAUGCUGAACCCUGUGGCUUGGACCUGUCACCUCCACGUUCUCCACAUGCUGAACCCUGUGGCUUGGACCUAUCACCUCCACGUUCUCCACAUGCUGAACCCUGUGGCUUGGACCUGUCACCUCCACGUUCUCCACAUGCUGAACCCUGUGGCUUGGACCCAAUCACCUCCACGUUCUCCACAUGCUGAACCCUGUGGCUUGGACCUGUCACCUCCACGUUCUCCACAUGCUGAACCCUGUGGCUUGGACCUAUCACCUCCACGUUCUCCACAUGCUGAACCCUGUGGCUUGGACCUGUCACCUCCACGUUCUCCACAUGCUGAACCCUGUGGCUUGGACCUAAUCAUCUCCAUGUUCUCCACAUGCUGAACCCUGUGGCUUGGACCUGUCACCUCCAUGUUCUCCACAUGCUGAACCCUGUGGCUUGGACCUGUCACCUCCAUGUUCUCCACAUGCUGAACCCUGUGGCUUGGACCUGUCACCUCCAUGUUCUCCACAUGCUGAACCCUGUGGCUUGGACCUAAUCACCUCCAUGUUCUCCACAUGCUGAACCCUGUGGCUUGGACCUAAUCACCUCCAUGUUCUCCACAUGCUGAACCCUGUGGCUUGGACCUGUCACCUCCAUGUUCUCCACAUGCUGAACCCUGUGGCUUGGACCUAUCACCUCCAUGUUCUCCACAUGCUGAACCCUGUGGCUUGGACCUGUCACCUCCAUGUUCUCCACAGGCUGAACCCUGUGGCUUGGACCUAUCACCUCCAUGUUCUCCACAGGCUGAACCCUGUGGCUUGGACCUAUCACCUCCAUGUUCUCCACAGGCUGAACCCUGUGGCUUGGACCUAUCACCUCCAUGUUCUCCACAGGCUGAACCCUGUGGCUUGGACCUAUCACCUCCAUGUUCUCCACAUGCUGAACCCUGUGGCUUGGACCUGUCACCUCCAUGUUCUCCACAGGCUGAACCCUGUGGCUUGGACCUAUCACCUCCAUGUUCUCCACAGGCUGAACCCUGUGGCUUGGACCUAUCACCUCCAUGUUCUCCACAGGCUGAACCCUGUGGCUUGGACCUAUCACCUCCAUGUUCUCCACAGGCUGAACCCUGUGGCUUGGUGUGGAUCAAAACAGUCUUGGCCAAAUGUUUUUUCAAAUUAAUUCCAAUCUUUUGUAAACGUGGUAAUCUGUUGGUUGUGGCUGAGGGACAUUGAGCUGAGAGAUUGACAUGACAACCACAGUGUUAUUCUGUCCCACAGCCAUAUUGCUGAGCUGGAUCAUGCCAAUCUGAAUCAGUAUUUUUCUAAUAAAUCAUUGUGCUCUUUUGGAGAGGAGGGACUGAUUUUGUAUUCGUAGAUAAACCUGACUGCUAUAGCUCUCUCAAAGUAUAGGUAGGUGUGUUUCUUGUUUCCAGAUUGGUUUUGUAGGAGACUAAUGCUGCUGCAGUAUACUAUACAGUAACCAGCAGGCCUUGUUGGUCGCCCCUGUCUGUCUACGAAGCACUUGAACCACUUUUUACCAAAACGUCUAUUGAUUGACGCUUUACAUAGAAACCUUGGACCAAUAAUAGUCCAUCGUUCCAGACUCCAGUACAUUUCCAGAAAUGCUGUCCCUCCCCUUCCCGUUGAACGAAGGAUGAGGAACAGAGGCAGAACCCGGAUUCACCUCAACCCUGUCACAGGGCAGGAGUUAUUGUACUCUGCACAGCUUCAAGUCCCUCUGCGGUAACAUACUGUCAUCACCAUCACGUGGUGUUAAUAAAGGGGACAUUUUAUGAGGGAAUCUACUAGUCUGAGUAUCACCUGUCUUUCUCUUCCUGUUUACAUUUUUUUUUGUGACUUUUUCUUCACUUAUUUUUUGUGCUUUCCAGACCCAUCAAAAUGUUGUUUCUUUGAUAUUUGUUCUGAAAUGUUUCGGCACAUCUACACUGAAUAGACCGAACAUUAGGAACCAGUUUCUAAUAUUGAGUUGCACCCCCACCCCCCUCUUUGCCCUCAGAACAGCCUCACGUGGUUGGGGCAUGGGACUCUACAAGGUGCCGAAAGCCUUCCAUAGGGAUGCUGGUCCAUGUUGACUCCAAUGCUUCCCACAGUUGUGUCAAGUUGGCUGGAUGUCCUUUGGGUGGUGGACCAGUCUUGAUACACACAGGAAACUGUUGAGCGUGAAAAACCCAUCAGUGUUGCAGUUCUUGAAACAAACCGGUGCGCCUCGCACCUACUACCAUACCCCGUUCAAAGGCACUUAAAUAUUUUGUCUUCCCUAUUGAUCGUCUGAAUGACACACAUACACAAUCCAUGUCUCAAUUGUCUCAAGGCUUAAAAAUCCUUCUUUAAACUGUCUCCUCCCCUUCAUCUACAUGUCUCCUCCCCUUCAUCUACAUGUCUCCUCCCCUUCAUCUACACUGAUUGAAGUUGAUUUAACAGGUGACAUCAAUUAGUGAUCAUAGCUUUCACCUGGAUUGUCUGUCAUGGGAAAGAUCAGGUGUUCUUAAUGUUUUGUCCACUCAGUGAAUGUUUCCACUUAAUUUAGUAUUAGAUUAUUGAGUGGCCAACUAUAUCGAAUGUGACUUUUUUUUUUAAUACAAAAUGGAGAAUUGUGGUGUCGCACAAUGCCAUAUAAACAAUGAAAUGUUGUCUUAUAGUUGUACUGUGAGAGGUGUGUUUUCUCUGAGAGCUGGUCUCUCUAGGAACCUUCUGAUGUCGAGUUGAGUGCUGUACCCAUCCAUCAUGUUACCAUGGUUUCACUUACCUAUAGACGUUUAUUGUUUGACAGGAUUGCACCCAGCAUUAAAAACACAAGUUAUACUCACUUUACCUUCACACACUUCCUGUUGACCAAUCACUUUACCUUCACACCCUUCCUGUUGACCAAUCACUUUACCUUCACACACUUCCUGUUGACCAAUCACUUUACCUUCACACACUUCCUGUUGACCAAUCACUUUACCUUCACACACUUCCUGUUGACCAAUCACUUUACCUUCACACACUUCCUGUUGACCAAUCACUUUACCUUCACACCAUACCCUUCCUGUUGACCAAUCACUUUACCUUCACACCAUACACUUCCUGUUGACCAAUCACUUUACCUUCACACCAUACCCUUCCUGUUGACCAAUCACUUUACCUUCACACCAUACCCUUCCUGUUGACCAAUCACUUUACCUUCACACCAUACCCUUCCUGUUGACCAAUCACUUUUUGUAUUUGUUCCAAUGUUAAUUUCUUUGAUCAAGUAUUGUAUCACCUUGUAUCUCAGCUGGUUUCUUUCUGUAUUCCAUAAGCUAUCCCUAAUUAUUGCUGGUGUAAGGAUGGAGGUGUGUCUGACCCUGUGCAAAGACCACUCCUCAACCCUAACACUCUCUUUUUAAAGCAACAAAGCAACACCCAGUCACUACACAAUCAUCUAGUGCCAUUUGCAACCUUCCACAAAAACCCCGUCAGGACACUUUUCUCUUGUAUCUAUGAAUAUUGAAUAUCAUUUCCACAGAAUUCUUAUUCAACUGAUCGUGACCGAAAUGGCCCCCCGCUAUAUCAACACAAAUAUUUUAUAAUAUUAAUAUUUUAUAUGUCUCGUAUGAUCAUCAUCACCUAAUAAACGUUGUUAUAGCUUACUGUGCAUAAUUAAUGCUGUUAUGUACUUUCUACAGAGAAAGAGGAUCCUUGACUUUUCCACAUUUUUGUCUCUUAAACACAAUGUCAAAGUUGUGUUUUUUUUUUUUUUUUUUUACAAAUGAAUAAAAAUUAAAAGCUGUAA